AUUGUUGUUUUCCAAGGAUGAGAAGUGGCAUGCAGUAUUGCAUGUUUUCAGUCUCUGGACGCCUGUCUCUGUAAAUACUAAGUUAAAAAUGUCUCAAGUAAUUUUAUACCUGUUGACUGAGCUUUCAAGAAAGCUUAAGCAACUGAUGUGCGGACCUGAUGCAAGAUCGGGUGUAAAACAAGAAGCUAAUGGAACCGAUGUUCUUGAUGGCACAGCUGACCCGGCAGCCGGCAAAAGAGAAGCAUUUGGGCGAUCUCGCCUUCCAACUAUGGUGAAUGUUGAUGGCUUUGGGCAGUGUAUUGCUGUUUUAACAAGCGGUGGAGAUGCACAGGGUAGGAAAAAAUAUCUUAUUCCUGCAGAUUUGUUGAAAGAUUUGUUUUCGAGCUCACAAAUUAAUUAAAAAUAUGAGCGUCGCUGCAUGUUUGGUCCAGUCAAUAUGCGACUGUUCAAGUGUACGUCCUCUUCAAAUAAACAGCAUUCUUUUAGCUCAUACUGACGGGAACACAGAGCACGGGGUAUUGGUUAUAACAAUUUAUUUCUUAUAUUUGAAUUUUGUGUUAUUGCCAUUUAAAUAAGUAAUGAUCAAGGAAGAAAGACUAAACAGCUUGUACCGGAAGGUUUGUUUAAUAAAAUUAUGACCUGCCACUUAGUUCCGAGUUCCUCUCAGUUGCUUUCGCUGUUUUGAAUUUCUCAUCACGAGAGAAUUAUUUUGGACUUUUUGACAUAAACGUUACGUUGUAUACGUCUGUUUUAAAGGGGCCGUUCCACAUUUUGCUUCUGUUGAUGCUAUUUAGCUCUAUUUGUUCAAACAUACGUUAGUUUAGUCUGUCUCAAUAAUGCAAAUUUAUGUGCAGUAUAUUUUUAGCUACAAAAUGUAACGUCACAAAUUAUCAAGCUACCUAAAAUAUUAAUAAAUUCAUGUCGAAACUUAAAACAUAGUUUAAAAUAUCACUUUUUGAGAUAUAAUGGUCAAAAUCUGUAUCAUAUAAGGAAAUCAAAUUCUAAUAUCAUCUGAUCAUAUUAUAAUCAGGUAUGAAUGCAGCUAUCAGAGCUGUGGUGCGAAUGGGACUUUACGCAGGAGCCAGAGUCUUCACUGUAUGGGAGGUAUGUGAAUUCUGAGGCUGGCCAGUUAUUCAAGCAUUGUCAAUGUCAUUAUCGAUAUCACCUGCACCAGCAUCAUCACAGAUAAGGGUGUGCUCCAGCAGUAGCUGGUAGCCCCAUGCACCUUACUUUUGCUUGUCAGUGACAAGGCAAUUCUAUUAUUAUUAUUUUUUCAAUCAAAUGCUGGGUACCCUGGGUUUCACAAGCUCAAAGCACAGUACUCUCUUCAAGUUUUCUUUGCAUUUAUUAAUACUCACUGUUGUCAUUGUCUUGUCAUAGCCAUCAUCAUCAUCACAUCACCAUCACCAUCAUCAUCAUCAUCAUCAUCAUCAUCAUCAUCAUCAUCAUCAUCAUCAUUAUGAUCAUCGCUGUUACCAUCAUGGUUAUAGUCAUUGUUAUUAUCAUCAUCACUGUCAUCAGGUGCUAUCACCAUGUCCAUCAUCAUCAUCAUCAUCAUCAUUAUCAUCAUCAUCAUCAUCUUCAUCAUAGUCGUCAUCAUUAUCAUCAACAUUGUCAUUGUUAUCAUCAUCAACAUGAUUAUCACUAUCACAGUUACAAUCAUUUUCACUAUUAUUAUGAUCAUGCCCGUCAUUACCAUAUGAUCAUGGCCAUCAUCACUGUCAUCAGGUGUCAUCACCAUGUCCAUUGUCAUCAUCAUCAUCAUCAUCAUCAUCAUCAUCAUCAUCAUCAUCAUCAUCAUUAUCCUCAUGAUUAUCACUAUCAUAGUUACAAUCAUUUUCACUAUUAUUAUGAUCAUGGCCAUCAUUACUGGUGACCAUACAGUACUACAUGUGUAGACCAUUAAAGCAUUCUCUCCCUGGAAACUUUUCUUUCGUUGGCUGAUGCCUUUAUGGCACCCUGACACGAAAAUAAAGUUGUCAAUUGUUUGUUGUUACCAGUUUGUACCUACCUACAACUGUAACCUACCAAUGUACAGAGUAAUCUUGUUGUUGUUUUAUAUAUCACAGGGAUACCAAGGUCUUGUUGAUGGCGGCGACAAUAUCAAGGAAGUUCAGUGGGAAGAAAUGUCUGGAAUUAUUGAAUUGGUAUGAAUCAGUCCAAGACUAAUUUAAAUUCCCCCUGGCAGUUUUAAUUAAUGAUGGCCAUUGUUAAAUACUUAACAUUGCCCUUUGUACCAAUAUUAUGGAGUGCCUGCGUCAACAAUCAAAUGUCAAAAUGCUUUGUUCUAAGCAACACUGUGCUUUCAAGUUUCAUGUGAUUAAUGGUCAAAACAUGUAUGAUCAGAUUAUGAGUGAUAAAAUGUCUAAACGCGUAAAUCAGAUUACGAGUGAUGGAAGAUGUCUAAACACGCGUGAUCAGAUUGUUUUAGGGGUGGCGAAUGGUAAAAUCCGAGACUCGCCGAGACGCUGAGAUCCUAGUUAGAAAUCCGAGCCCGAGGCUCUUUGGUAAAAAGUUUCGAGACUCAAAAAAAGUAAAAACAAACCAUGCCAAAACGAGACUUCGAGACUUCCGAGAUUUUGAGAUCCUGCCAAAAUUUUCCACGACCCACGUUUUUUGUGGUACCAUUCGCCACCCCUUGUUUUCUGUGUGCAUUCUAUUCAUUCUUAGUGGAAGUCCAAAUGAAGCUAGCUAUAUAAUAAGUGCUGUGCAUGUGAAUAGUAACCUGGAGAUAAGGAAUUCUCUUGUUGCUCAUAAUAGUCAUUGAUUUCUGGCAAUAAUAUUGUAUAAUGUCUACUUGCAGGGCUGUCAUUAAGAGGUGCGGGCUACGGUUUUUCCCUGGCUACUAUAAAUGUGGCCUCCAGCUUCUUUCAUAGGAAAAUGGAAAAAAAAACAACCAAAAGAAAUCCCUAGAAUUUUUGAUUCCUGGCCCACUUGUUGUAUUUACCCGGCAACUUGAAAUCUUAGUGACAUCCCUGUACUUGACUUAAAAUAAUAAAACACACAGUGCUCAACAAAAUAAUAUAUUUCCAUGUGGCAUCGAUGUUUUACAUUUCUAGGGUGGGACAGUGAUUGGCAGCGCCAGAUGCCAGGAUUUCAGAAACCGAUGGGGACGUCUGAAAGCGGCAAAAAACAUGGUAACAUUGGGAAUUACCAAUUUGGUAAGUGGAAGGAUGAUGUGUUUUAACUGAUGCACUAUUUUUUUGUCUGGUGCUUCAAAAGCAUGUUUAAUUUGUGAUUACUCCACAGUUCUAAGAUGUUGACUAUGAUUAUGGCAGUUGCAUGUGCACCAUGUGGGAUUAAGAUAAUUGAAUGCUUUUCAUGGAGGUUAGCCUCAAGAUCGAGUUUCCCAAUGUUGUUUAUACAGUCAAACUUGGUCACCCGUUAUGGAGAGGAUUGACAUGUCAAUAACUUGUUGCAACUAGUUAUUUGAUCUUUGGUAUACUGUGUAACAGCUAAAUCAGUAUGUAAUGCAUGAUCAUUUUUUUUUUCUAAUUUAGGUUGUCAUUGGAGGAGACGGUAGCUUAACAGGUGCUAAUUUGUUUAGGCAGGAGUGGCCAGAGCUUGUGAAAGAACUAGUGGACACUGGUAAUUUAUAUUAGUUACACAUAAAAUAAAUAAAACUAAUGAAAUAUUUCUUAUUUAGUUACAGAUGUAUGACCUAUCACUGGAGAUCAGUAUUUGGGAGCAAAUUUUGAAACACACAAAACAACAACUUAAACACAUUCACUGGGACAUUAAUAAUAAUCUUCAUCAUAAUUCAUCGGCUUUAUCCUCUUGACACAGUAACAUUCCAGAAACAUUUCUGGUGUUGGCAGGUUUCUUAAACCCAGAAGGUUAUUAAACUGGGGUGGGGGAGACUAAGUCAGUAAAUAUACAUCUGUUAAUUUUACUUGAUUUCAGCUGAUAAUUUUUAAUUUAUGAUCUUAAUUUUAUGUAUAAAUAAUAAUAAUAAUAAAUUAAUAAAUAAGUAUGAAUUAAUUUAUUGGACUUUUAUGAAUGACCUUCGCAGGUGCAGUUUCCAAAGAAGUAGCAAGCAAAAACAAUUCUCUCAACAUUGUUGGAAUGGUACGAUCUGAUUAUUUUUUACUUGCAAGUAUAUAAUUAUACUUCUGUAUAAAAUGUUCUCUUUUUUUGUUUUAAACUUAAACUAUUUUUUUACCAUCUGAUGACAUUCAACAUAAAUUGAACAAGAGGAAAUAAAAUUUAACCAAAGGUUAAAUCUUAAAGGCAACGGUAAAUUAACACUUAACUUCUAGUUGUAUAACUCAAUAAAUUGACUAAUUCAUAGUGCAAAUGAAAAGUACAGUUAAGCCCUGGUUUACAAACACCCACUUAAUACAGACACCUCAUUAUUGCGGACAGUUUGAACUGUCCCCAAGGAAAGAAAUCCCUUACAUCUUCUCUAAAUUCAACCCUGCUUAAGACGGACACCCUAUUAAAUACACUGGAUACUUUCUAUGGUCCACUCAAUUCGCAUAAUUUAGUAACAAGGCUUGACUGUAGUUAUAGUACUGUAUCAAUUUUAUGAUUAAAAUGUAGCAAUAUUAAUAAUAUUUAAAAUUGUGAUCAUGAUUUUUUUUUUCAAAAUUGAUUCGUGUAGGUUGGCUCCAUUGACAAUGAUUUCUGUGGCACGGACAUGACCAUUGGGGCUGAUACUGCUCUCCAUAGGAUCUUUGAGUCUGUUGACGCCAUCAUGACAACGGCGUCCAGGUUAGAACAAUGAAAGUUGUUUCAUGAUGGCAGACAUGUUAUUAAAGUUGAAAAUAUAUCCUUUGAGAUAUGUCACUUGACCUUGUCAAAGUGUUAGUAGGGAUGGAAAUUGAAAAUCAAGUCCUCUUCAUCAACUGUCUGUUGUAAAUUAAUACAGAUUUUUAUUGUUAUAAUAAGGAAUUAUUUCAGGUGUCGUUAUUAGAUUGAUUUUUGUUUCGUGUCAGAAAGUGUCAAAAUUAAUUAACACUUACAAUAUUAUUCUGCAUUUAUUUAAUAGUUAGUGACACAGUUUAGAAAAGUUCACUCAAGGGUGUCAAUUAAUGUAUGUUCAAAUACCGUCAAUCCUCUAUUAAGCCUCCCCUCUAAAAUAAGCCCCCUCCCUCUAAUAAGACCCCCCCCCCUAUUCAGGGAAGAAAGUUAAUAAGCCCCCUCUCUAUGAAUCCCCCCCCCCCCUUCUCCCCUGAUUAUUCUUUACUAAUAAAUGAGAGACUGUAUUAAUCAAUCACAACUGUAAAACUUUGUGUGGACUAUUCCAAGAUGGUUUAUUUACCAACUGGAAGUUCGGAUUUGAUACUAAUCCUUGGCUGUAUGACCUCCAACCUUCUUUUUCUUGAGCUUCUCUACUUUGUACUUUCUAGUUCUUUAUGGAGAACUGAUACCAUCAUCUUUUCUAAAGUAAAUGGGCUUGAAAUCAAUUAGCCCUCUAGGGAGACUUAAUAGAGGAUUUACGGUAUGUUAAAUAAAUUUAAAUGCAGUGGGACCUCAAUUUAACGAACCUCUAUACAACAAAGUCCUCGGAAUAACGAAAGCUACUCCUUGCGCCAGCAGUAGUAACAUAAAGGAAAAGAACCUAGAUAUAGCGAAAUCUCGUUAUAGCAAACAUAUUUUGUCAGGCUCUUGGGCCUUCAUUAAAUCGAGGUUCCAUUGUACAGUAUUUAUAUAAAACUCCCUUGUAAAAAUUUAUUAGCGAUCGCGCCGCGAUGACCGCGAUCGCGGCGCGAUUUAGAUUAAUCGCGCCCGCGAUAGCGACGCGGUGAUCGCGAUCGCGGCGAGGUUAUAGCGAUCGCGACGCGGUGAUCGCGAUCGCGGCGCGAUGAUUUUGAUCGCGGCGCGAUAUCAGCGAUCGCGAUGCAAUUGAAGUAAAUCGCGCUUGCAAUAGCGACGCGAUGAUCGCGAUCGCGGCGAAGUUAUAGCGAUCUCAACGCGAUGAUCGUGAUCGCGGGAAGAUGAUCGCGAUCGCGGCGCAAUUUUGGUGUGGGCAACCACGAUCUAUAAGGUCAAACGUUUUUUCCCCAACGCAGUGAGUGCUUUGCGGAGGUUUCUCGUGACAGAUGGUCAAAACACGCGUAAUCAGAUUAUGAGGUGUAGUCUGUCGAAACGUGCGUGAUCAAACUGUUCCAUUCAUUCCUAGUGGAACUCCAACCAAAUGCUGGCUACGUACAUGCGACUCAUGCGUAAUAACAACCUGGACACUAGGAUUGGGGGCUCCUCUUGUCACCUGUAACAAAUCCUAUAAAUUAUUCACUUUCAUGUUCUGUAAAUUAUUGUCACAUUAUACAUAUUUUUCUUUUCUUUUUUCAGCCACCAAAGAACAUUUGUACUGGAAGUUAUGGGCCGGCACUGUGGGUGAGUACAGUAUCUAAAUUUGCCAGUUUAAAUGUUUUAAAAAUAAUUAAUUCACUUCUUUUUCUAUCAAUUCCAGUUAUGUAUUUUGAAAAUCUGGCAUAAAAAUGUUGACAUUCUAACACUGUACCCUACACAGUUCCUCAUAUCUCCUGUAUGUUGGUUUAACCUUUUUUGUCUUCAAUCUUGCUUCUUUUUACAGUUAUCUGGCUCUUGUAACUGGAUUAGGAGUUGGAGCAGAUUAUGUAAGUGUAUGAUGCAAUAAUUACAUGUAGCACUUUAGUGCUUAGUAGUCGGGGUUCAAAAAAGUCCUGCUGGUCGUCCUGGACAAGUAGAUUUUCUUGCUGGGCAAGUAACUUUUUAAGAUUACUUAUGCCAAAUAGGUAAGAUUCCAGGCAAGUCCCUCUAGCAAAAUCUUAACUACAAUGUAAGACAUGCAAGAAGUGGUCUCAGGCAUGCUGUAAUUAAAGUUUUUGUAUGAGCUCUGAUUAAUGCUUAAAGUAAGUAUUCUGAUGAUUCAGACUACAACAGAUACAGGCCAGGCGGAGGUCACGGGUUCGAAUCCCGUUGAAGCCCUGAUUUUUUUUUCAGGCUUCUUCUUUCCAAUUGUUUAAAUUUGAAAAUUUACUGCGAUGAUCAUUCUUCACUUUCAGAUACAGGCCAGUUUUAAAUUAAUGUGUUUGUGCUGUGCAUUGCAGGUUUUUAUUCCCGAGUGGCCUGUUGCAGAGGGCUGGGAGGACAGGAUGUGUAACCAUCUUAGAAAGGUGAGCUCAUCAUUUUACAAACCUGAAAAUGCUAGUACCUUUUGAUAACUGUCUUAUUGCCUUGGCAAAAGUGAAGUCCAUCCACUAACACUACUUGAAGACCCUCGGAGAUAUAUGGAAGUCAGGUUAAAAUUAUGUAACCACAGCUGAUAAUUUCCUUUCCCAGCCCUAACUCAGGAUCAAUACGGCUAGGAGGCAAAGGAAGUUGGGUCAGUUCUUGCCACGCUGACUUCAUAAGCGUACUAUAAUAUCUUCUUUUGCAGUCCCAAUUCCAGAAACCUAGCCUAGCUGUUCAGUUCUCCACCCACUAACUGCAUAAUUAUAACCAGCGACUUGAAUUCUUAGGCUGUGUCCACGCUAUACUGGAUAUAGCUUUUGUGCCACUUAGGAAAUCGUGCCUGAUAGGGCUUUUGUUCACACACAAGAAUGAUGACAUUUUCGGCACAACAGGGACCUUAAGAUCUCGGCGACGGCAACGGGAACGCCACAAAAGCAAUAGGUUUAAUUUGCAAAACAACAAUUUUGCACGCGCAUCACGCUUUUUUGUACAUUUCUUGCCAUAACUGCACGACUACGACGUGAAAAUGCCUAAUUUCAACUAAUGUCCAGAGGAAGUACACAAGCGACGACGAAAUUUCCUCUCUCUUUAUGAACUUGGAUAUAGUUCUUACGAAUUCAACUGUAGGAGGGUUCGCCUACAUUUGACAAAGUUAGUGACUUAGAGUAAUCGCGAUGAAGAUUGAAAAGACGCGAAUUCACUUUUUCAGCUACGUUUUCUCUGCCGUCGCCGUCCUCGGAUCUUAAGGUCCCUAAUUUCUGUGACGGACCAAAGCUGUGCUACGUCAAUCUCAAAAGUGGAGCGUCACCGGCAUAUUGGACAGGCCUCGUGUCAAACUUUAGAGCAGUGUGGUCACCUAUUCGGACUGUUACAUGUAUUCAAAGUAGACAGACUGCAAAUUAUCUUAGUUGCUAAAAAAUAUAUAUCUACGUGUCGCAACUGUUCAUCAGUAGGAUGCCUAAAAUGCGUGCAAUUCCACAAUUGGUUUCGGCUCCAUUAAAUCCUAUACCAAUUGCAGAACAUUUUAGGAGGAGCCACCCACCAUGUGAGCACAGUCACGGACAAUGUACAAGUGAGGAAAAUAACGCAAAGUAAAAUUAAGACGUUAAUAAACGAACUAAAUGUACACGUCAAUUAAAUAAAUAAACAAAUAAUGCGCGCGCUCAAAAUAAAAUUGUACGCGCACACGUACCGAGAUACAUCUGAAAUACAACACUAUGCAAUAAAUAAGUAAUGUAAGGAUACGAUGGUGCAAUUUAAGCCUGGAUUGCUAAUCUCAUCUCCCGCAGGGCUGCACCAUACUUCUCGACGAUAAGACCAUGGCGAGUGAAGAAUUUAUUAAUUUAUGUUACUUACAUACAUGUGGUGACAAUUUGUCCAAACAUUUUGUCAAAAUCAUGGCCCUAGAUUGCGGUUGACGUGCAUUGCUCAGGCUCCCUAACAUCCUUUAGUGAUGAUCUUUUCUGUAUUGCAUGUAAGGUGAGGGACAGUGGUCGUCGCUUGUGCAUUGUUAUUGUAGCAGAAGGAGCUCAAGAUGAUGCUGGCAAUCCAGUCACGUCCUAUCAUAUCCGUGAGGUAAGAAGACUUGUCAUAACGAAACUCCCCAGUAAACUGUCUGCCAUCAUAAAGUUACGGUCGAACUCGUACCAACGGCCACCUUUCCAUAAUGGCCACCUCUCUACAAAGGCUACCUUUUUCGGUGGACAGUCCAUACACUGCACAUUGACUCUUGUUUAAACUCUCUACAGCGGCCCUUGUCAUCUUUAUAACAUCCACUUUCUUCUGUACCCAAGGUCGCUAUUGAAGUAGAGGUUCAACUGUUUUGACUACGCUCUUUUUUUUCUUAAAGAAUGUAUUUUAUAAGAAUAUCGAGGCUGAAAUUUGCAAAAUUUGUAGAAUAUCUUAAGAAUAAACCCGACGCUGAGAUUUCGAAAAGGAUGAUUAUUUUGAGCGAUGAAAAUCUAAGAAAUAUUUUUGUAACGUAGCCGUAUAAAACUAUUGCUUCCUCCCAUGGCAAAAAUGCCCAACAAAACGAAGAAACUUGCAUUGGUUAUAACCAAGUUUUCAUUACUAAUGACAGUUCAAAGCACUCGGAUGAAAUUCAGGCUGUUGAAGCUAAUGAUAUGAAAAUGGUUUUUUAUUCUCUUGUAAAUAAAACUCAUUUUCACAAGAACGGUUUUGUACUUCGGCUCGUUUUUUGAACUCGAAAAUGACUUAUUAUUUUUUCCCAUGAACCUGAAUUUCCCGUAACUCAACCCUUCUAUAUCAUUGUUGUUCAAGGUCGUUCUGGGUGCACAGAAAAACAAAAAAUGAAAGGUUUCAUCCUUCGAAUCACUUGAUGAUAUUACAGCGAUUAAGCAUCGCGUUUACGGCAAACAGCAACUAAAAAAGCAUGAAUUUGCACCACGUGACCAAGUGUCCCCUUUACUAAUCGUUUUCUGUUCAUUAUAACAACACGGCGAAAAUCGGUAGAUUCACGCCCAUUCUACCCAUAAGAAUUGUUUAAGCUGUUUCGCAUUUUGAAAUUUUCUCAACUUGAAUCUCACGUUUGUCGCUUGCCGUAAGCGCGAUGCUUGAUCCCUAUAUUAUGAUAUUAUAAUCAGAGUCUUUUCACUUCAACGUCCUCCUUAGCUAAUCAAAACAAGGCUUCAACAUGACACACGCGUAACCAUUCUGGGACAUGUUCAGAGGGGUGGAGCUCCAUCUGCAUUUGAUAGAAUCUUGGUGAGUGAAUGCUCCUUAAUUAAUUCUUCCUCAGUCUACGUUCAUACGGCAACGGACCAAUUUUUGAAAGUUUUUUGAAUGUCAGUUUUACUUAAGUAGACCCUGUUAUGUGUUCUUGCAUGAGUUGCACGAAUUUAUGUGGGGCCACUCACGCGCAUUACACAUGGCUUACAAAGUAUUAUGGGUUGUAUCCUUCCCACAAUGCUCUUGAGGUCCCACGUAGCUUUCACCUGUUAAUGCUCAGAAUUGAUUGCAGUUUCCUCUCUUUGUACUCUCUAUAGUCUUGUCGUAUGGGAGCUGAAGCUGCUCUAGCUGUCCUGGAUGCUUCAGCUAAGACUGCUCCUUGCGUUAUCUGUCUUGAUGGUAACAAGAUUACCAAGAGGCCGCUGAUGGAGUGCGUGGAAACGGUAACACUUUUUUUCAUGAAUAUAGAAUCAAAUUCUUCUUUGAUUUUCUAUGUUAAAGGAAGACGAAGAUUUGGUUUUAUCUUGUUAGAACUUGCGUUAAGUUUCUGGACAUCAUUUUUAAUGCAGACUCUUGCAGUAAAAGAAGCAACCAAGGCAAAAGAUUUUGAGAAAGUCGUGGGACUCAGAGGCAGGUACGUGCUGAAUGAUUACACCCAAUGUGAAAGGAUAUUUGCCUCUUUUCAUAUUGCCUAGUAGACUACGAGUAGUCCCCCAUUUUUCCUCAGGGAUAGUAGAGGGAGCGAAACGCGAGCGCCAGUGAAAAUCACCCCACGCGAGAAAGGCGAGACGCGUUGUUGCCUCUUCUCGCGUGGGGUGAUUUUCACGCGCGCUCGCGUUUGGCUCCCUCUACUAUCCCUGAGGAAAAAUGGGGACUACUCGUAGUCCAAUUGCCUAGUAUAAUACACCUUGUUUGCCCCCCUCCCCUCCCCCCUAAAAAAACGUAAGCAUUGACUGCAAUUUCUCUUUGGGUGACUGUAAUAUCCGGGAGAAAAUGGAAUGAAUUGGAAAUUCGCGGUGCAGGUUGAGGGGACAAGAAAAAGUCUCAACAAGAACGCUCUUAAAAGUGGUAAGUCUCGCUUGCCGCUUGGAGAUUAGCUAAGAAGUAAGGAGGCAAUUAAGUUUACUCGAAACAGGAUUUCCUCGCUAAGAGUAUUUCACGUCCUACUUCAUGGACGGUCGAGUAUCUUUCAGGAUAUUUACUUGACGAUUUGUUUCUGAACUGAUUGAGUAAGCUCUGGCCGCGGCUUACAUAAGACGCGACAGGAACCAUUUAUACAAGUACGAUUUACGUAAGACGCGAACUGUUCAUAUAAAUAGUUUUUUGGUGCCUUGCGUAAUUUGCAACAAUGGCUCGAGCGAGCAAAAGUGCGAAAUGAUUGACUUUGGUCAGGAUAAUCGCCAUAUUUUACAAUGUCUUUUUCGUUUCAAAUUAACAUUUCGGUCAAGAUUAGUGCUGGGCUGUUGCAAAACUUGCGCGGAAACCUCGAUGAAAAGUUCGGAAGCGAUCAAUCGAGCGGUUUGAUAGAGAUGUUCCAGGGAUCCAUAUGGAUGAGGUGGAGUUUAGACAAAUUGCCGGCUCUCUCGUGCAGCAGGUCAUUUUCCCGCCAAAUUGCGCGUCUCUCGGCCGGGAAGGUUUUAGCUAUAAUUUAUCCGAGUAUGCGCAGCAAUUGUUUACGGCCUCAGCACGCCGCGCACAACGUUUGAGUGCAUUAAUUUUAUUCGAACACUUUCGCGUCUAAGGUAAGCUGCGGCUUGGAUAGGCACAGCCCAAAACCCCUCGACCAGGAGAAGCCGCGGCUUAUGCUAGCCGUGGGUUGGAUAAGCCGUGAACGUUGCCGGUCAUUUUGUACAGUGUAUACGGGGUAUUCGCGUCUUAUGCAAGCUGCGGCUUAUUUUCUUUCGUACAAACGGCCCUAAUUUCGUUCGUUGUGCCGUACCCUUCGGUAACCCUUUUCACUCCCUCAAAGUGACCAAAUGAAAAAUUCGAUAGAAAAAUCUAAAUUUCAUUUUGUUAAAUGCUGAAUAAUAAGCAGUACCAUGUGGGAGUACUUCUCAGCAGCUUUCCUUUGAAUGGUCACAUCAUAGGAUUUUGUCCACAGACUCAAAAGUUAGAACCACCUUGAACAGCAUAAUAAACAGUACCACAGGAAAGUACUGCUCAGUAGCUUUCAUUUAAAUGACCACAUCAUAGAAUUUUGUCCAGAGACUCAAAAGUUAAAACUGUCACCUAACAAAACUCCCUCCUUCACUUUGAGAGUGAAACGGUUAAAACAACAUCUUAAAAAGGCAGAAUGUUUUAUUUGAUUUUGUUUUGUUUUAGAACAUUUAAAAGGAAUAUUGAAAUCUUCAAAGUGCUCCGAAAAGUACAGCCUCCCGUUUCCAGCCAGUGUGAUGUGUCGGGCGAGUGCAAAGUAAGUACUAACUGAAUAUCUCCUAUAAUUCUUACUUGGGAUUUAAGUAAUCAAUGUUGUACUAAAUUGAUACAAUAGAGAGUAGAAGUCGUUACGUCACGUUGCCAUGGUAGCAAAAGUCGAUCGCGAUUACUCGUGUUGGCAAAUUUUAUCUCUCGUUUGCCCCGUUAAAUACCACGUGACAUUGCUUUUAUCCCAUCCAUUCUUAAACGUGUGCAAGUAUGUUGGGUCUCAUGAAUAAGGUCUAUUCGUCGAAUCUUUACGACUCACAUAAAACGUCGUAUGAGGGAAUUUCACAUCGUAGUCGUGCAGUGACGGCAAAGAAAUGUACCAAAAGUGUGUUACGAUUGCAAAACUUUUGCAGUGCUUAAUAAAUAUAUUGCUUUUUUGACGUUCCUGUUGUCGUCGCAGUCGCUAAAGCUCCUUAAUGGAUAUCUCCGCCCAUAUCAAAGUGACUCGUAAAGCAAACGAUAGACUAAGCUAUGUUUUUAUUUGCAGUCCGGUUGUACCUUGGCGGUGAUUAACAUUGGAGCUCCGGCUGGCGGCAUGAGCACAGCAGUGAGGGCAUUUGUAAGGUUUUCUCUCUUCAAUGGUCAUUCCGUACUUGGCAUAAGGGAUGGGAUUGAUGGACUCUUCCAAGACAAGGUACUUUCAAAACUACUGAGUAACAGCCAAAGGGAGUGCGGGCGAGUUACAUUUUUGAAGGCCAAAACGCUCUUGUUAGACUUUCUUAAAGUCCUUAUUUUUCUAUUCCUGGUUGAUUUAGUUAUUUUAAAGGACUUUUCAUACCUGUUCGGCGCGAAAUUCAUCGGUGGAAAAUUCCACCGGUGACGUUCAUGACAAUUGACCAAUAGGAAAUUGAGUGAUAUUUGACCCCACAUCCUGACACAGCAUAAUUAUGUCAAUCAUUUUUUCCGGCGUGAAGUUACAAUACAUAACAUGAUUCAAAUCCAUCCAGGCAAAACAAGUCAAACGGUGGUUUUCGAAUGAGAUGAUGUCAUACAUCAUAAUGCUACUGGCAUUACGCAUGCAGAUGCUCUGUGAGGAGCUGGGCGACCUUGCAGCUCUCGGAAAACCCCAGGGGAUUGGUUGGGGAAAUAAUGAACAAACAAAGUUCACAAUGGAAACUGACCAGAAAACAAAAGAGCUGGUCUGUCAUCUGAGCCCGCGAGAUGGUCAUGUGAUAAUUGUCAGCGGAUGUCUGAUUUUGACAGCUGUCAAUCUAAUCGUACUCAUACGGGUGGCGCACAUAACUAGUGGUCCCAGUGAUUUUGUUACAAAUAGUUAUGGUGAGCCCAGGGACUCAUUUUGUGAAAAAUCAUGAGUCCCAGGGUCUAGAACCAAUGAGUCCCAGUUAAAAAACAACAACAACAACAACAACUAAUUCGAAAUUGAAAAUGCCUGGGCCUUUACGUAACCAGACAGUUAAUCUGAAGACAGACGCCAAAACUCUGUAUUACAGUAUAGUGAAAUGAAAAUAUUGUCCGCCUAUUUUAAAGCUCAAUAAAGGCUAAAAGAAAUAAUGCAUCGUUAAACAACAGCCAUAAUAACUGCCACAAAAAAAUUUACGCAAACAGGAUGUCUCUACAAAACACAUUGAUCGAUCGAUCUUUGCGUCCUACGGGUUCCAUGCCACGGAUUUUGCGUCCUUAAGAAUUUUUAUGCGUCAGGGACGCAGGAAGCAGAGGUAACAAAAUCACUGUGGUCUAAUUAAAUCAGAGGUUCUGAAGAGCUGCAAGGAGUAUUUCCAUCGUUUCAGCGUUUUCAUGUGGCGAUGGCGACGUUUUCAAGAAUAUCAGGAUACGUUUAGACGGGACCUUAUCUAAACGCUUUCUUUUGUCGCAAUAAAUGUACUGAGCUCCUGGUCACGUGAGUGAACACGCUCUAUAUUGGAUUUCUGUCUUGUUCGUUAGGUCGAGACGCUAGGAUGGCUGCAUGUAGAAGGCUGGACCGGUAUGGGCGGAUCCAAGUUAGGCACUACCAGGUAUUAUAGAAAAAUAUGAAGUAAGCCAAGUCAGAUACCAUUAGUUCAACAUUGUGGCAAAUCCUUGUCACUCUGAUGAAGAGCAACAACAUAGCAGACGAUGCAAUGGCUUUUGUUCCUCUUUGUCAGCGUAGAUGACAAAGAUCCCGUCCACACGUCUCCGGUUUGUUUGAAAACGAAACAUCCGACGGUAGGUCAAACUGAUGGAAACAUCUCCGUUGUCAAACAAAAACUGAUACGUGUGGACAGGGCCAAAACCCUCUCUCUUAUUACACCGCUCAUGGGAGGUAUGAUGUACGAGGUGUUGUCUCAGGAUGGAUUUCCACUGUUGCGUAAUUUUUACGUUGGCACGCACGUAAAUUUUACGCGCGUAAAUUAAAUAGGGGCAAUGUAUGAAAGGGCGCGCGUUGAGCGCGUUGAGCGCGUUGAGCGAGGUUAAACUUUUACUAUUACGCGUGACUUUCCAUACAUUGCCUCUAUUUUAUUUACGCGCGUAAAAUUUACAUGCGUGCGCACGUAAAAAUUACGCGACAGUGGAAAGCCAUCCUAAUGCAGCACCCCCUGCAAUGUUUCUUGCAACACGAAAGAGAUUUUUUAUUUGUUUCAGCAUAUCUGAAGUCAUGCAAGAAGUAUAACUUGAUUCUACUUGGUGGAUCGUUUACUGCAAUUAAAACAUUGCGAGACCUAGUCAUUUAUGGCGUAUUACACCAGCAACGUGUCACACAACGUGUCACGCAACGUGUCACGCAACUUGUCAUGCAACUUGUCAUGCAACUUGUAAAUCGCCGGACGGGUUGCAAUUCACUGAAAAUGUCAAGUGCGACAGGGCAGUUUCUUUCUUGUCAAUUUAGCACUACAUUACCUUAACGAACAAGGAAACAACGGCUAAAACCUUGUCUUGCAAAAUUUGACACUGAUAAACUGAAUUGCAAACCUAUUUUAGCUACAACUAAAAACAGAGAUAUCGUUUAAUCGUACAUUUGAUUUUAGUAAUUCUUAUUUUUCUCGUAACUGUUUUAUGCACGACGCCACCAGCAAUGCUGAUCUUCUUAUCGUGUUAAUCUAUUAAUCUUUAACCCUUAUAUCAAACUUUAAAUUCUCAUCAGUUGCCCCUAUAUAUCUCCUUUAGAGGAAAGAGGGAAAAUUUUUGAAAAUAUCAAGCAAAUUCACCUUGUGUGAUGAUGACCCUUAUUCUCUUGACCACUCUAUUUUAUGAAGCAUUGAGAUUAAUAGGAGAAAUUUGAGGCUGAUCACUCUUAGCUUAUAUCCCUGGCUGCGCCUUUUGUACCCUCUUCGUUGUACCUCUAUUACGUAUAUUAGAUAAGUCUGUUAAAUAAAGUACAUCCUUUUUGCAGAACUUUGCCUUCGAAAGACUUAAAGAAAGUUGCAGAUCAGUUGUCCAAGUACAAUAUUCAGGGCUUGCUAAUCGUGGGAGGCUUUGAGGUGAUGCUUGUUCUUUAGACCCCCCUUCAUACUCCGUCGUUUUUUAGAUCUUUUUCAACAUCUUCCCAGUAUUUACAGAGGUGUUUCAGUCACAUGGUAUAGCUACUUAAUAAUGAUGAUGAUGAUAAUAAUAAUGAUGAUGCUGACGACGACGACAACGACGAUGAUGAUGACGAAGAUGACGAUGAUGACGAAGGUGACGAAGAUGACGAAGAUGACGAUGAUGAUGACGAAGAUGGCGAUGACGAUGAUGACGAUUAUGACAAUCAUCAAUGUCAUCAUUGGUGUCUACGUCUUUUAAGUGUUAAUGGUUACUUAACCUGUAGCUCCUUUUUUUAGGCAUACCACAGUCUUUUGGAACUAGCUGAGGCACGUAAUAAAUUCCCAGCAUUUCGUAUCCCAAUGGUCAUCAUUCCUGCUACAAUCAGUAACAAUGUUCCGGGUACAGACCUUAGUCUUGGUACAGACACUGCUCUGAAUGUCAUCACGGAGGUAACCUUAACUUCUUUGUGUUACUGUGCCCAAUAAAUGUCAAUUCCCCGUGUUAAGCCCUCCUAGUAUCAUUAAAUCGAAAAACCGUUUUACAAACAGGAGAACGUAUCAAAUUUUCUUUCUCCUUUUAAUCUGGAAUGCGGUUUGUAAGGCCCGGUAUGGUCUGAACACCUAUCCGACAUGUGACUCUCCACUGUAGAGACUGGCGCGGCGCGACGCGGCGCAGCUUCAUUCCGUUACAUAAAUCGCGCCGACAUCAUCGUUAUUAUGUGUGAAAAUUCGGCUUGGUGAACCUGGCCUAAGGAUCAGAAUCUAAGAGAAUUACGGCUACAUUUAACCCACAUUUGACAAAUUUAGUUUGUUAGAGUUAAUCACAUUGAAGUUCCAAAGAACGCGCUUUCAGUACUUGUAGGUCGUGUGCAUUAUAUUUUGAUCAUCAUACGAGUUACCUAGAUUCUGUUCUGUACUGCGAUGUAAAGUACUCACUGAAGCCAAUCGCAACAGGCCCUUCAUUUUCUUUAACAUUUUCCAACGUGGUAUUAAUUUCAAAUGAAGGAUGACCCUCGCGGUUGUGAACGCAAUUUUGCAAUUGCGUAAGAAACCUGCCAUAAAUUCAGGUCUUCAACGGGAUUUAAACCCGUGACCCUCGAUUUAUUUCGUAACAUCUAUCAUGUUAUUAAGUUAUUUGAAUUCGUGUUUGGUUCCCCCUUUGCAGAUGUGUGAUCGUAUCAAGCAGUCGGCUAGCAGCGCCACUAGGCGAGUGUUUGUCGUGGAGUGUAUGGGAGGCUACUGUGGUUACCUAGCAACCAUGAGCGCGCUUGCCGGGGGCGCAGAUGCUGCCUAUGUGUACGAGGAAACACUAACACUUGAUCACUUGAAGGUUUGUGCGCAUGCUCUUGACAUUGCUUAUCGAAUCUUUUCAUUAGCAUGUCGCCCGUAAGGCAAAUAGACGUAAUAUGGAAAUGCUAAGAUGUGAUGACAGCAGUGUGGCAUACAUCAACUUCUAUCCCCGGUACACUUCUUUGCACAUUGGCAAAAAUUGGGUUUUAUUCGGCCAGAACAAAAGCCUGUUCCUGCGGGACAAUGCGGGAAGUCUCGAGAGGGCAAGACAGGCCAUUUUUUUCCUUUCAGGUAGCCGAUCAGAACGCGGUAUUUGUUUCAUUUUGUUCGUUUGCGCAGCCAGCUUUGUAAAAAACAUGAAUAUUGCUACUAACUCAUAUCUUGAGAUACGAUAACAACAGUAAGGGCCUGUUUACAUGGAGGCGGGGGACCCCAGAUAGAGGUGGUGGUGGGUCACCUCACCUAUCAUGUUCACGCGAUCAAAUUAAAAUGAGAAAUUAUAUGGACAGGCGGGUUACCUCACCUACCUGGGGUCCCCUACCUCCAUGUAAAUAAGCUCUAAAGCGUGUAUCAGUUCCCAUCGCUGGUACAGCUCUAUACAGCUGGCCAGAUGUGGGCAGUUUUAAAAGCACUGUAUAGCAGGAACUUUUCUCAUGGAUUGAAUUACGCGGGCCUAAGACAGACCUACUUACAUGAUAGUUUGCCUUAAUCUUUAGCUUAAUUUGUACGAUUUUUCCUUUAAACAGACCAACAUCGAGCACUUGAUAAACAAGAUGAGAGGCUCGAUACGACGAGGACUGGUAAUAAGGUAAUAAGACGUUUUGUAUACUUCUUCGUGCCUGAGCAUCCAUUAUUAUUAAUUUUGCCUCAGUCAGGGAACGUAAGACGCUCCGCCUGUUAUCAAUCACGGAAAAGAAAAAAACCAGCGAGGUUUUGUACUCAGCCGGUUUCUAUCAAUUCACGGAUUUUCCGUAGUAGUUUACGAGUUCUCUACGAGGUUUUCCCAAUUUUCCGAAGUUUUUCCGACUGCAGUCGUAGCCAUUAAGUCGUUGUCCAUGUAGUAAGUCCGUAAGCCAACUUCUUCAGGAAUCCCAAGACAGAGGCAAAAAAAUAGGCCCGGUUGUUGUUGCGGCUGCUUUAGCGGUCAAAAAAUGCUUUGGGCGAUAAAUUUGAACGGCAGAAGUAUUUUAAUGAUAAACUAAAUGAGAUUUGGACUAUCAGCUUCAAAAUAUUAGGAAGCGAAAUCGAUGUAAGAGCACAUUUAUAUUGCAUCUCACUUUGCAGGCGAGAUUAUUAUUAUUAUUAUCAUUAUUAUUGUUAUUAUUAGUUGGCUUUAUCUGCAUGUGUUCUUUAAAUGCAGCGAAAUGCAUUUAACGUCGGCUUUUUACCGUCGAAACCCUGCUUAUUUUCCUGAAAUCGUACCUUAAAUUCAUAUUACGACAGAAUUUCCACUGGAAAACGCCUGAAAAAGUAUAAGUUAUUAUGGCUUCGUGGCGUGUCUGUUUCCUUCCUUUUAUUGUAUUAAUUUAAAAUUUGACGUGUCAUUAAUUUUGAACCGCUUAUCUUUCUUUGGAACAGAAGCGAAAAUUGCAGUGAGAAUUACACCACGGAUUUCAUUGCCGCGUUAUAUCGGGAAGAAGGAAAAGGACUCUUCACUGUUCGAACCAACGUGUUAGGUCACGUGCAACAGGUAGGAUAUGAAGCGCUGGGUCACGCGCAGUCGAAUGAUUUAAAUAGUGGGUCACAGGUUACGAGAAAAUUCAGUAGUAGGUCAGUUACAAACACGACUGACCCAAGAUUUUUCUUCUCGCGUUGUCGGUCCUUUAAGGCUUCGUUCUCACGUAUCUAGAUAUCUUUUGAUUAUUUUUUUUAUAGAAAAGGCCCAAUAUAAGUUUUAAAUGUUGUUGCUGACAACGGAAAUUUUUCUCUCCGUACCACGUGAGGUUGGACAGCAGCUUGCAAAGAUUCACGGGAGCAAUUUCGACCAAUCACGAUUGAGGAAACCCAUCUUGCUGUAGACCGUGAGAUGAAUAUUCAAAACAUUGUGUACCUCAAUUAUUUCGUAUUUUUUCCUCGUUUUCCGUCAUCGAUUCGUCAAGAAAUUCUUCUAGUGUUUUACCUGGACCCUCUGAUUGUAUUAUUUCGCUGGCCACUUACUUUGAGAUAUAACCCCCAAGGAGAACAAACCGUAUGGAAAAAAAUCUGUAUCAACGGACUACGUUGCCACUUGUCUUCCCCAGGGAGGAUCGCCAUCACCUUUUGACAGAAUCCAAGGCACUAGACAGGCCACAUUAGCUGUGAACUGGCUCGUAGAAAAGAUCGAACAAAGUAGGACAUUUGAAGGUACGUUUGGUCUCAACACGUUAUCGUUCUCCAGUUGACUAAGUUUGAACUUUCGGCGUUGUUAUUUUAAAGAUAAGCACUGGAAUCGACGAAAAUGCGCUUUCUUUCGCUUUAUUUCUGAUCUACUUUCCCAGGUCCUUCAGACCACUCUACUUUUAUAUUAUGUGUUCGACUGUGCGUUUCAAUCUCUGAAAAGGGCAUUCUUGCAAACAUCAUCGCAAACUUCAAUUUCGUUGCCAACUUGAUCAGCUUGUACACUGUAAGUCGCUGAGUUCGUCAAAUGAGGGCGAAUGUUCCUAAGGUUAAAUUGAUGGUGAACACCUUGAAGUUCAAAUGUUUGCAAAGUUUUAAAAAAAUCGCGUUAAUACUAUCAAAGGCACCAUACCCUCUGGAAAAUUGAAGCCUUGUCAGUCGCAUAACGCUUGAAGAAACGUAGACUACGAGCAGUCUCUUUUUCUUCAGAAUUACUGAGGGGAAUGCACGCGCGCCCAAGCGAGAAUAGCCUGUUCCAAGCGUUCAGAUAGUGGAGAGCGGUGCGAAGUAAAGAAAGCGAUGAAAAGUAGUCACCUCUCCUCCUCCCUCGCUUUUAUUUUUUGGCGCUCCUUUUUACUUCGCACCGCUCCCCACUAUCUGAACGCCUGGAACAGGCUAAAGCGAGAAACGAAGGCGGCACUCUCCCGUCUCCCGCCUUUAGUCACGCGCGUGGUCAUCUUCGGGUCUUGAGCGUUUCGUUCGACGGACUAAGAAAAAAGGGAGACUGCUCGUGGUCUAAGAGAAGUGAUAUAGCACAACCAGGGGCACUCAAAGACCGUUUCCUCCUAAAUAUAUUGAAAGCUCUUUUUAAGCUAUUCAGAGUACUUUUAGAGCUCUAGAAGUGUAUUCCAAGCGGCGCUUUAAAAUUUGUAUCUGUUCGGUCAUCCAAGGGCAACUUGAGUCUUUUCGAACUUACAAAGGCUUCUCUAUUAUUUUCCCGAAAAAUUAAGAUGCAAUUUUACGAGAUUACGAAAGUGAGAAUUUUUCUGUUUCCUCUCUCCAUCACAUUUUAGAAUCUAAAAAUUUAAGGUUUCCCUUUUUCUACGAAAAACAGCCUAACCAGGGGGGUGAAAUGUAAAAAAUUAAACUUCAGAAAAUCGUAAGGAGUUUAUUACAGCUUCGAAAAUUGUACAUAAUUGGAACGGUCAUCUGGAAGUUUUUACUCGUCCUCAAGUCAUAGAAAAUUCUAGGAAAUAUUUGCUUCUCCGAACAGAUAUUUUAAAGAAAACAGUCAUUGGGUGCCCCUGAGUCAACUACGUCCCUUAAUGAAGGCAAUUGAAUGUUACAAUGAAGCGAAUUCAAAAUGAAAGAAUUUUAGCUGAAAACAAAUGGCGCUACUCUUGUUUCAGGGAAAAUUGAGACUUCUUCUCCAGACACAGCCUGCCUCUUAGGCAUCAAGAAGGCUGAAAACCCUUUCACACCUGUACAGGAGCUCAAACUAGUCACAGACUUCAAGUAAGUUUUACCUCUUUAGUUUUGCCGGGUUUUAAUGUAGGUAGAUGCAUUUAAGCAUCUUGCAUGUGUAGAGCGGUUAGCGGAAGCAGAAUGCUAGCAGCUUGACUAAGCAGAUUGGUGUAGAUUGGCGGAUUCUCUCUUGUAUGCAUGUUUAUUGCGGGCGACAAAUGGAGCCCGCAAUCUUAAUCUCCAGGUUGCUAUUACGCAUGCGUGACACGUGUGUAGCCAGCUUUGGUUUGGACUUCCAUUAAAAAAUGUUGCAGCAAAUUGAAACAAUGUCGCAUCUCAAUGAUUCAACGCUGUGUUGGGCUAAAAAUCGUCGUUGCGAAUCUUCUCGUGUAACAUCACCUUAAAGAUUUAAUGAAAAGCAUAGAACCAAGAGCCAUUGCCCGAUUAUGAUCUCUUGAUAAAACGCAAUCAGAUCACGUGCAUUUGGACCUUCUAUCACUUAAGCAACGCACGGUGUUGGAGUAAGAGCGCUUCGUCGAUCUCGCCCGCUUCCCCUAACCUUUGGUUACUACAGUUAUAAUUAUUUUUUUUGUAGACAUCGUCUUCCCAAAGAUCAGUGGUGGGUCGAUCUUCGUUCUCUUCAGAAGAUCCUGGCCAAGUAUCACCAACAGUUUGAGUACCAUCGGGAGAACGAUUCGCCUUGACAUGUGAUAAUAGACUGUUGAACUCGUGAAAUCUACUGAUAGUACAUGUGAUCAACCAUGAUAGAGAACCACGUGAUUUUUGCUUUCAAAGCAUGGAGUUCAAUGAAAUAGAGGCGUUGUUGGAAGUCUGUGUAAUUGGCUCUAUGUACAGAACGUACUGAACAUAAAGCGCGAUUAAUACGGAGUCGACGCAAAACAACCAGUCUUUUACGAGAUGGGUUUAAGCAACCGCGACGGCAACUACCCGGCCAAGAUGUCAUGAUAUUCUUCCGCUUUUGUGACGUACGGAGGAAAGCAGACACAGCGGUUAUGUGCGUUGUAUAAGUCGAUAUAAGGGACUGUUUCACAGCAGUUUAGUUCAUUUUGCCAUUUUCUGCUCUAAGGUUGCGUUCGAUUGGGAAAUCUGGAUUUAGAUUUUGAAAUCCGGAUUUGCGAUUUUGCAAUCGAACGCGAAAUCCGAAAACGGAUUUCACUUUCUAGAAAUCCGUCCUCAGGGUGGAUUUCAAUUAAGGAAUCCAAAUCCGGAUUUCGUGGAUUUCCUUCUUUACCGUACGAUUAGGAAAUGCGAAAAGGAAUUCUCUUGAACAGUGGUCUUAUUUUGCUAAUUAUGCUUGCGCGUGCAAGACCUCUGUUCUUAAGAACAGUUUUUCAAAUCCUUUUUCGAAUUUCCAAAAAAAAAAAACGGAAAGAAAGGAAAUCCAAGAACAGAUAUCUCAGCGUUGAAAUCCGUUUUCGGAUUUCGCGUUCGAUUGCAAAUCCGAAAUCCGUAUUUUAAAAUCUAAAUCCAGAUUUCCCAAUCGAACGCACCCUAAAAGUUUGUGGAGGACACGGACUCUCGAUGGAUAUGCAACCAACUCUCGCCUUGCGGACACCCCGCUAAAACGGACAACCCGAUAACACGGACAGCAGCUAAAUCCCCGGCGAAAACAAAUUAGAGACGUUUGAGUGAAAUAAACUGCCGCUAUUACAGACUCUCGCUAAUGAGGACGCUAAUUCGAGGUCCCUACAGUGUCCGCUAUUAAGAGAGUUGACCGUAUAAGAUCUAUUUUCUUCUGCAAAUUUUUAGUCUUCCGUAACGGUUUGCACACUGAACAGCUUACUAACAUAAGACUUAUUAAACAAAUUAAAGUUAAGUAAAGUAUUCUUUUAGUGCUUUCUUCUUAAUGCGCUCCCUUUAGCCUUGCAGUCCUAGUUGCUUAAACGUCAUAAGAGAUACCCGGAAUCAAAAGAAAAAACAUUAAAGAGUAUAAUAUUGUUACUGUAUGUGAUGAACGCUAGAAAUAAACAAACAAACAAAAAAAGGGUCCAACAAUAAAGUGUUGUCCAAGAGAACGAG